CGCUAACCGACCGACUUUAUUCUACAACAUGUCUGGACGUGGUAAAGGAGGCAAGGCACGCGCCAAGGCAAAGAGCCGUUCUUCCCGAGCGGGACUGCAGUUCCCGGUUGGCCGUGUCCAUCGCUUCUUGCGCAAGGGAAACUAUGCCCAGCGCGUGGGUGCCGGCGCCCCUGUGUACUUGGCGGCGGUGCUCGAGUACCUGACCGCCGAGAUCCUCGAGCUGGCCGGUAACGCUGCCCGCGACAACAAGAAGACCAGGAUCAUCCCUCGUCACCUUCAACUUGCCGUCCGCAACGACGAGGAGUUGAACAAGCUAUUGUCCGGCGUCACCAUUGCACAGGGCGGCGUUCUCCCCAACAUCCACGCCGUGCUUCUGCCCAAGAAGACCAGCAAGGCCCAGUAAGAUCCAGACGGAGAGAUUUAAACCCCGGCCCUUUUCAGGGCCACCCACAUCCUCUCAAAAGAACUGUAUCAUGAUCACCAAAAUAAGCUUUACAUAUGAGCCAUUCUAUAAGAAAACUAAAUACAGAAAAUACAUGCGUGU